CUAAUUCGUCCACACUCAAACACACUAUUUCUGUCUGAAAGAUGUCCGCCGGCGAAAAUGACGGUUGCGCCGAUCGUAUUGAUGCCAUCAAGUCCACCCUCCGCGUCGUCCCCGACUUCCCCAAACCAGGGAUACUGUUUCUAGACAUCACUACAUUGUUGCUUGAUCCAAAGGCCUUCAAGGACACCAUUGAUUUGUUCGUUGAGCGUUACAAACAGAAGAACAUUUCUGUAGUUGCAGGUAUCGAGGCUCGGGGUUUUAUGUUUGGUCCUGCAAUUGCACUGGCUAUAGGAGCAAAGUUUGUCCCAUUAAGGAAGCCGAAAAAGUUGCCUGGCGAAGUCAUAUCAGAGAAGUACGUUUUGGAGUAUGGGACGGAUUGCCUUGAAAUGCAUGUGGGUGCAGUUGAACCUGGAGAGCGAGCUCUUGUGGUUGAUGAUUUGGUGGCUACCGGUGGCACCCUUUGUGCUGCAAUGAACUUGCUUGAGCGUGCUGGUGCUGUAGUUGUUGAGUGUGCUUGUGUAAUUGAAGUACCGGACUUAAAGGGCCGUGAGCGAUUAAGAUUGCAGGGGAAGCCGUUGUACGUACUCGUGGAGUCACAGUUUGAGGCAGGAUCAUGAUGAUAUGGUUCAUGUUGCAUUGUGGGAGAAGUGUACAUUAGAGGGGUAAUAUUCGCGACAUAUCUCAUCAGAAGACCGUUUAAGUAGUAAGUUUUUGAUGAUAAAAAAUUGAACUUUUAUGGUAGGAAAACUGAAUGUUAGGAUGGAAAAGUGUUGUUUUCAUUGGUAAAUGCAGGCAGCUUCCUUUGGUUAUGUUCCUGACUUCUGAUACUCGCAGAAAUCACCAAAUCGAUAUCGCAAAGAACCAUCAUUGGUCGGUAUUUGGUGAUUUAUGCGUG